AUGGGCAAUUCAAAGUCGACUCCCUCGGAGCAAGUUAUCUUCUCUCCGAGCGAAGUGUACGUCAUUCUAUACGAGAAUGGCGUGACAAACAACACCAUCAUCAAUCGAUCAAUCAACGCUUCGACGGCAGUGAGCAGCAAUACAGAAGUCCCGGCAAUCGCAUCAAUCGUCUUCAAGGGCACGGAAUUUGUGUACGACAAGACAAUCAAGGAAUUCGCAGAGCCAGGGAGCAUCAAGCCUAAUAUUCGGGAACGUUUCAAUCUUGCCCAAGAAUUCGAUGAAAGUUUCAAUGAUUUGUCGACUGAAGAAUGGUUCAGAAUAAUUGACCAAUUGGAAGAUGACUUCAAUCAUUCAACUUACGACUGGUGUACUCACAACUCGCUACAUUUCGUCCAACGAGCCUGCGAAUUCUUCAAUGUCGAUAUUCGAGCUCGACAGGAUUUUCGGAGGAUGCUAGAAGACAUGUUCAGAGUCGAGCAUAAAUUCAUCCAGGGAUUCUAUAAUAUGGCUGGUACAGCUCUGUAUGCUGCUGGAACUGCACUUGGCAUGGCUAACCCUGCGAAUCCCAUUGCUCCGGGUCUUCUUCAAGCCUCACGGAUGAUUGCGCCCAACAAUCCUCUUCAUCGACCACUUCAAUGA